AUGGGUCGCUGGACAGAUAUGGACAGUGACGCUGAGCGACUGCCAGACGGUUUCGAGCGCAUAGGCUAUGACGCUGAUACCCAGACCUACACCUUCCGCGAUGCAUCCGGUCGUGUCUACGAAUCUGAGCCUGGCAACCGCUACGGGGAGCUGCGAGCCACCGGCGAGCGCUCACAGCCCAUAUCUGACGAAGAACGACUAGAGCAACACGAAGCAAUAGAAAAGGACAACAGGAGCGCUGUGCGUAUGAUGUUGCCAUUUGCACUGCUGGUUCUUGUUUUCUUGUUCCUUGUAUUCAAGCUCGUGGACAAGAGCGAGGAUACAUACGUCUCUGCUUGUGGAAAGGGAAAUCGUCAAGCAUACAUCUCCAAAGGCGAUACGUGUUGGGCGCUUGCUGAGGCACAUGGCAUAAGUGCAAACCCUGAAUUACACAAAGCCCAAUAUCAGCACUAUAUCCCUCGCUUCUUGCUCCGUCGCUUCUCCUACCCAUCUUCGACCGUGCUCAAUCAUGGCAAGAAGCAGAACAGAAAACAACGAAUCGAAGAUGUAGUCACCGCGGUUGACCUGGGUCACGACAUUCCCAAAUUUGUCGAAUCACCAGUGGGACGAAUCUUUGGACAAUAUGACAUGUACAAGGACGACUCGAAAUUCAGCAAGAAAGAUCAAGAUCGAAUUGAAACAAAGUUAAGCCGUAUUGAGGGCCAAGCAAGUCGCAUUAUUGCCAAAGUUGCAGAUGCCCAUAAAACGGGCAAGGACAAAGUCAAACUCUCACGCCAUGACAAAGAUCUUCUACGAAAAUACAUCUUCGUCAUGAAGUACAGCAGUCCUAUCUUUUUCAAACGCUUCAAUCAUCAGAGAGCAGAGGAUUAUGCUUCGAGCGAUCGGGCAUUAUUUCUGGAAUACAUGCAAGAACGCAACUUCUUGCGCCCGCUCGAUGUCUGGCUCGACAACCUUGAAAGGAUCAUGGAAAAGCAUAUGGAUCCUGCCGGUAAAUGGACAGAAGAUCUCUACAAGGAAAUCUACCCAGAAGACGCUGAGUGGCUCAAGAUCAAUAUUAGGUCGAUGUACCUGUCUUUCGCUACUCCCUCAGAUGCCGUUGAAGAGUUUCUCCUCACUGAAAACGCGUUUGGCAUUCAUGAAGGGCCGAACGACUACUCCACCAACCUUUUCACAGGUGAACAGACGACGACUGCAUAUACCGAGUUUCAUAUAAUCAGCGUCGUUUCUCCACGCUUAGUCAUGAUAUUGCGCGAUAACUAUCUCCCAGAACCUUUGGAAGAUCAGCGCGAAGACAUCCGCAAUAACAAGAGAUUGAUGUUGGCAGCUCGUAUGCAGGCGCACAGUCAACCAGACAACGCUAACUCCUUGCUCGAAGACUUGCCAAUAGCGAAAGCUCGAAACUCCUACACUGUGAUUCAAGACGGUCGGCUUGAACUGGCUGAAGGUGCAGACGGAGUGCCUAGAGCGGCAGACAAAUUCUACUUCACUUUCUUCCGCCUGGAGAGCAGACAUGUGCAGACCAUCAACCUUGUCAUGCUGGACCAAGCCCACCACAGCUCGCACAUCGUAUACAAGUCGAAAGUCGCAUUGCAAGCAGCUCUGGACUUCUAUUUGGAUUAUCCAACCCGGACUAGAGGAGUCUACAGUCUGAAGACGAUAAGUGAUCGACCGAACGACCCGAUGCUGGCUUUAUUACGAAAGCUGGAGACGAUUGCCCGUUCAUUGGGCUCAUCUGUCAGAGCGAAGUACUACAUCGACCCGCUUGAUGAAAUCAAGGAUACGCCGCCUCCUGACGGAGCGCCGACUUUCAAUGACGUGGUUGCCCAAGUUUUAGAAACAAUAGAAAACGAUUGCCCGACACAAGCUGAAGAUGUCUGCUUCAACGAUCAAAAGGCUUGA